AUGCCGGCCGAGUGGCCAGACCGGGCAGCUUGGCUUUAUGUGGUCCUCGUUCUUCUUUGCGGCAGUGUAAUAAAGCGCCUUCUCCCAGCAGACAAAGCCGCUCUUUCUGCGGUUGUUCCCAGGCCGGUGCCUGAAGCCUUUGGGGAGGAGAUUCAGAGUUUUCAGCAGACAAUUAAGACCUUUCAUGAGAAGAUCAUGGGCUUUCGGGGAGAAAAUGGAAAGCCCAUCUGGGAGGAAGAAGCUGCCUUUUGGGAGGAAGAAACGGAUAUUCAGGAGGAAGCAGAAGCCUUCUGGAGGGUGUAUCGUGACUUCUGGAAAGACUAUAAUGCUUUCUGGAAGAAGGAUAGAUUUCUCAAAGAAGAUCAGCUCCUCUGGGAGAAAGACAGGGUCCUUCUGGAUGAGGACAGAGUCCUAUGGGCAGAGGAAGAAGCUCUGUGGGCAGAUGAGACAGCUCUCCUGGAAGAGGAGAGAGCUGUCUGGGAAAAUGAGGAGACCCUCCAGGAAGAUGAAAAAAAAACCUCAAGGAAUAUGAAAAGUUGA